GCCCAGAAAAAACGACAACGCGAGAAAAAUUAGUAUUUUUGCACUUCACAAAUUAAUGACCAUGAGCUCGUUUUUGAUAAACUCCAACUACAUCGAGCCCAAGUUCCCUCCCUUCGAGGAGUACGCGCAGCACAGCGGCCCGGGCGGCGAAGACGGCGGCUCGGGCGGGGGCCCCGGCUACCAGCAGCCCCCGGCGCCCCCGACCCAGCACCUGCCGCCGCAGCAGCCCCAGCUCCCUCACGCGGGCGGCGGCCGAGAGCCCCCUGCCUCCUACUACGCGCCGCGGACCGCCCGCGAGCCCGCCUACCCUGCCGCCGCGCUGUACCCCGCGCACGGGGCCGCGGACACCGCCUACCCCUAUGGCUACCGCGGCGGCGCCAGCCCCGGGCGGCCGCCCCAGCCCGAGCAGCCCCCGGCGCAUGCCAAGGGCCCAGCGCACGGCCUGCAUGCGAGCCACGUCCUGCAGCCCCAGCCGCCGCCGCCCCUGCAGCCUCGCGCGGUGCCCCCAGCGGCCCCGCGGCGCUGCGAGGCGGCCCCCGCCACCCCAGGCGUCCCGGCAGGGGGCAGCGCCCCCGCGUGCCCGCUGCUCUUGGCCGACAAGAGCCCGCUGGGCCUGAAGGGCAAGGAGCCCGUGGUGUACCCCUGGAUGAAGAAGAUCCAUGUCAGCGCCGUCAACCCCAGUUAUAACGGAGGGGAGCCUAAGCGCUCUCGAACCGCCUACACCCGGCAGCAGGUUUUGGAGCUGGAGAAGGAGUUCCACUUCAAUCGCUACCUGACCCGGCGGCGCCGCAUCGAGAUCGCCCACACGCUCUGCUUGUCCGAGCGCCAGGUCAAGAUCUGGUUUCAGAACCGGAGGAUGAAGUGGAAGAAAGACCACAAACUGCCCAACACCAAGAUGCGAUCCUCCAAUUCGGCCUCGGCCUCUGCCGGCCCACCAGGGAAAGCACAAACUGAGAGCCCGCACCUCCAUCCCCACCCCCACCCGAGCACCUCCACACCGGUUCCCUCCUCCAUAUAAUCUUCUAGAGACCUUGACCAGUUUCUAUCCCUUACUUGCUUUUCUCUUCUCUUCUCCUGCUCCUUUCCUCAUCCACCCCUCCCCAUCCGGACCAUAAUAGACACCAAAACAAACCCAAAUUGGUGUAAAGGAUAACCAAAAAGAAGACAUUAUCCGGGUAAGAGUGUGUGCUGGUUGCCACCCAAGAGAGGACAGUUGUCCAGGAUGCUGGUUGGUGGAACAACCUGCUGGCCUGAAACAAGGCUGCCAGGUGUGGAUACCUGAGAAGGACUACUUGGUAUCAAAUACUUUUGAGAUGGCUACAGUCAGCUAGCUGGACAGCCCAUGCUGACUGGGGACGUAUACUUGCAUCUUUGUUGAAAGCAGAAGAAAAGAGACUCUUUCCCCACCUUCCUUACCUCCUCCUCCCCCAUUAAGGCAGCUCAUCCAAGCUUGUAUUGAACUGAAUAAAAGAGUAGACACUGUGGACCUCACAAGAUUAUUUAAUUCUUAAGAUGUGUAGACCUUGAUGGUAGGUGUGACAUGUUAGUUUUCCUUACUUGCAUUUAUUUAAGAUACUGUCACAGAGAUACUGUUGUCCCCUUCUGGGACACAGUCUUUGGGGAGAGGGGAGUGCAUUUAGACUUAUGUGGAACUGUACAAAUUGUGAUGUGGCUAUAUAGAAAGCCAUGAGCUAAGAAUAAACUCCAUUUAAAAAACAUUAAAAA